UAUUGCAUGGCAUACCUGUGAGAGAGAAAAUGUAAUGAAUUAAUGAACUCCGUUUUCAGUUGCAGGACUCUGAAAUGAUGGGAGGAGUCAGAAAAAAGAUUCAAUGAAAUUUUAUGAAGUUACAUAGUAUUUGUGUUAAUUUGUGUUUAUUAUUAAACAAUAUUACAUAAAAAUGCCCUUACAAAACAUGUUAUUCUUGCUUACCCCAUCUCCCUAAUUGCCCCCUGAUGUUUUGGCCUCGGCCCCUGAUGUUUGCAAAUCCUAGAAAUGCCCCUGGAACUACGUAACUGAUUGUAGUUCAGAUGAAUUAAAUUAAAUAAUGAAUCUUUUAAUUGUACACACACUUGAUUUGGCUGGAGAUCUGUAUGUGUUUACAUCUAAAUCAUUUAAAUUAGCUUCAGCUGGGAAUGUUUAGAUUUUUAACAUGUCUCUGUCAUUAAUGCAUGUUUACCUCAAAUCACAUCCAUUUAUUGUUUAUACUGAGUUCCUUGAUCAAAAACUCCCUAAUGGUCAUGAAAAUAAAACCUAAAAAUAACCAUUAGAGAACGUUCCUAGAAGGUUAUUAUUUGGUUUUGAAAAAAUAAUCAAAGGGGAAUCCUAUGCUAAUGUUAGGAGAAGGUUCUGUGUUUGCUGGCUCUCCUGUUUGGGGAAUAAGUUGCUCCCCAUUUCAACAAGCAGGGAAUUAUCAGCCCUAGGAGAAGUAGUGUUACUAAUAGAACAAUGUAGAGAGUGUCUAAAAUCUUUUCCCACUACACUCUUACAGACUGACAUAAAUACACCUAUUUUUAAUGAUUUAUUUUCAGCAGUCAAUCCAUCAUUGAUAAACAAACCAGAACCACAGAGAGAGAGAGAGAGAGAGAGAGAGAGAGUGUGUGUGUGUGUGUGUGUGUGUGUGUAUGCAUAUGUGCGCGUGCGCGCCUGCGUCACUCCCCCUCCCCCCUCUGCAGAAUAAACCGUUAGAUGAAAGUGACACUCAGCUGCUCCAUUUUGUUUCGAGAUGAAAAUAAAAUAUUCCAGGAGUAAAAGCUAAAGCUCUGAUAUAUAAACGCUCUAAAUGAAGACGUUUAGAGUUAAUAUAAGGAGUUUUGUUGGUUUGUACUGAAGUUUUUAAUGUACACAGGUUGUUUUAUGACUUGAUAUCGUGUGUAUAGUGUUUGAUUUAACACACCGAUGUUGGAGUGAAGUAAACGUGUGUCCUGCUGUAAUCUGGAGAAGGAGACAUGACCUCCAACAUGAGUGUGUCUGGAAAACAGGACUUAAAGAAAGACGAGAGAAUGAUGGAGGGAAAGAGAUCAGACUCACCAGAACCCAGCUGUGUGUCCAUGAAGAGUGACCGGUCCAUGGGACGUCCAAUUGACUUCAGAGACAGAGACAGUUCUACUGAUGUGAGACCACAGAAGAAGAAAUCAAACAUCAGCAGAAAUCAGCUGGACUCCAUAUUCAAGGAGCUGGAACACAAAGUCAUCACUCUGAUAAAGAAUGAGCUGAAGAGGUUUAGGAAGCUCCUGAGUCCAGAUUACCCAGCAUGCACUGAGAGGGAGGUGGAGGAUGAGGAGGAUCUGCACAGUGUCAGAGAGGGAGCUCUGAAGAUCACACUGCACUUCCUGAAGAACAUGAAGCACACAGAUCUCGCUAACACACUGCAGAACAAACUCGUGUAUCAGACAAAGCUGAAAUCCAACCUGAGAGACAAGUUUAAAAGAAUUAAUGAAGGAAUCUCACAGCAUGGAAGAUCAGCACUUCUGAAUGAGAUCUACACAGAGCUCUACAUCACAGAGGGUUGGAGUGGAGACGUCAAUAAUGAACAUGAGGUGAGACAGAUUGAGACAGUGUCCAGGAGACCAGCAACACAGGAGACACCCAUCAACUGUAAUGACCUCUUUAAGGACAAGUCCAUCAGAACUGUGCUGACUAAAGGAGUUGCUGGAAUUGGAAAAACAGUCUCUGUGCAGAAGUUCAUUCUGGACUGGACUGAAGGAAAAUCAAAUCAGGACAUCACCUUCAUGUUUCCACUUCCCUUUAGAGAGCUGAAUCUGAUGAAGGAGAAAAAUGUCAGUCUGAUGAAUCUUCUUCAUCACUUUUUCCCAGAAAUAAGAGAACUAGAAUCAAUAGACUGUGACUCCUACAAAGUGGUGUUGAUCUUUGAUGGUCUGGAUGAGUGUCGACUUCCUCUAAAUUUCCAGAAGAAUGAGAGAUUGUGUGAUGUGACAGAGUCAGCCUCAGUGGAUGUUCUGCUGACGAACCUCAUCAAGAGGAAUCUGCUUCCCUCUGCUCUUCUCUGGAUAACCUCUCGACCAGGAGCAGCCAAUCAGAUCCCUCCUGAGUGUGUAGACCAGGUAACAGAGGUACGAGGGUUUAAUGAUCCUCAGAAAGAGGAGUACUUCAGGAAGAGGAUCAGUGAUCAGAGCCUGGCCAAUAAAAUCAUCAGACACGUGAAGUCUUCAAGAAGCCUCUACAUCAUGUGCCACAUCCCAGUCUUCUGCUGGAUCUCAGCCACUGUUCUAGAGAGAAUGUUGGGUGAAGCAGAGAGUGGAGAGAUCCCCAAGACUCUGACUCAAAUGUUUACACACUUCCUGAUCUUUCAGAUCAAACACAAGGAUGAAAAGUACCAUCAGAAACAUGACCCUGAUCCUCAGCAGACCAGAGAGAGUAUCCUGGCACUGGGAAAACUGGCUUUCCAACAGCUGGAGAAAGGAAACCUGAUCUUCUAUGAGGAAGACCUGAGAGAGUGUGGCAUUGAUGUCAGAGAAGUGUCAGUGUACUCAGGAGUGUGUACCCAGAUCUUCAGAGAGGAGUUUGGGCUUCACCUGGGGAAGGUGUUCAGCUUUGUACAUCUGAGUGUUCAGGAGUUUCUGGCUGCUUUAUACAUGUUUUUCUGCUUUAAAUUUAGAAAGACAAAUGUGCUUGUGGAGCAAAGCACUGGACAUUUUAAUUUCUUUAGAAAUCCAAACAUGUCUGAUCUCCUCAGGAGUGCAGUGGACAAGGCCUUACAGAGUGAGAAUGGACACCUGGACCUGUUCCUCCGCUUCCUUCUGGGUCUCUCACUGGAGUCCAAUCAGACUCUCUUACGAGACUUAAUGCCACAGACAGGAAGUAGUUCUCACAGCAAACAGGAAACAGUGGAGUACAUCAAGGAGAAGAUCAGGGAGAAUCCAACUCCAGAGAAAUCCAUCAAUCUGUUCCACUGUCUGAAUGAACUGAAUGAUCAUUCUCUAGUGCAGGAAGUACAGACUUACAUGAACACAGGAGAUUACAGGUGUCUCAGUGGAUCCAGACUCUCUCCUGCUCAGUGGUCAGCUCUGGUGUUUGUGUUACUGACCUCAGAACAGGAGCUGGAUGAGUUUAAUUUGAGUAAAUAUGAUCCAUCAGAGGAAUGUCUUCUGAGACUGCUGCCAGUGGUCAAAGCCUCCAGAAAAGCUGUGUGAGUAUUUUUAUUUAUAAAUGUAUUACUGCAUGGUUUGUUAUUUUAAUGUAACACUGAACUGCACUGUUUGGAUUAAUGCUUGUUAAUAGUUCCUCUAAUCCUCUUUAAACAAACCUCUGGUACUUUUACAGAAGAUUGUUUCACUUUUUACACUAACACGUCAUGUCUGCACUGAGGGCUGGGCCAUAUGGACAAAAUCUUAUGGAUCAGGAUAUGAAUCAUUUUAUAUCUUUUAUAGAUGAAUCAUGAUAUAUUAAGUUUUCUCUAAAAUUUAUAUAAAAAUCUGUACUUAAUAACUGCAUGCAUUUAAGAACUAAACACAUUUCUGAAGUAAACAGCAGUGAAAGACACUUUUUCUUUUCUCUGUUUAUUCUGAAAGUGACAUUGAACAGAACUCUCACAAAUGGGAACAAGAAAAACAUCAAGCUGUCAAAAUGGGAUCAAUAUGAAUAGAAAAUAUAAAAAGUAAAUAUUAAACACUCUGUUCACCUUCAAGUACCUGUUUAGGUUCAAGUUCCUCAUCUUUUGUUCUGUGACACAGUGUUGUGGAGAGAUUCACUCUGUCAUGCUUUUAUUUCUUCCAAUUUUUCACAUUUUCUUCCUAAUUUAAUCACGGCUGAUUCCCACCAUCUAACUGGGAACAAAAUACUGAACUGGACCAUACUGGAAAGAGUCGAGUUGGAUUUUCUUUAAAUAGUGUAAACUAGUAACAGGGCCAUUUGGGACAAUUAGUGCAUUUUUAUUACAUUUCCUUUCUUAUACUCUUUAUUUAAAAGAAUCAUUGUUUAUUUAAGAAAGAGAUUCUUACUUUUUUGCACAUCUAUAUUUUCCAAAGUCCAUUCUAAUAAAUAAAACACUAUAAAUCUAUAUUACUAAUAAAAUUAUUUUCUUAAGUGUAAUUUUGAAAGAAUAAAAUUGCCCAGCCCUUACCACCUUCUGAGACAAGACGAAAAAACCAACUCUAUCUUUUCACACUGUUCCUGUAAAUUCACACACUUGCUGUAACUAACCAGUUCCAUUCCCAGUGGGCAAAUUGACGCCAAAAAAUUAUGUCAAAAAACAAGUCAAAAAUGCAAAUCAAAUUGACGUCAAUUUGACAUCCACAUAUUGAGGUCUUAUUUUGAACACCAAAAUAAUGACACAAAAGUAAUUAAAGUAAGAAAUAUUUAAUUUAUCAGGUGUUUGGGCCUUUUGGACACUUUCUUAGUCUGAACAGAUCCAUUGUCUAUACCAGCUUUAUUCCUAAUUAAGGUCACAGGGAGCCUGUCCCACCCUGCCAGUCCAUCACAGGGUCACACGUAUAGACAGACAACCACAGACUUGCUUCUGUGUGAGACAGAAUUUAGAAUUACCAACCAACCUAUACGUCAAACCCGGGAUUCAGACACAGGACCUUCAUGCUGUGAGGCAACAGUGCUAACCACUAAGCCACCGUGCUGCCCAUUAGACUGAACCUUAAAAACCGAAAUUAAAAUGACCCCAAAAUUAACAUUACACUUCUGACAUUACAAAACCAGCUUAACAACGAGAAUUCCUCGGUUCACAGCUACAGCAAGCUAAACUAAUACAGGAUAUAAAAACGCGGGAAAAUAGCCUAGACAAAAAGUACCAAACGUCCUUGCACAGAGUCAUAUUUCAUUAAAACGUUUUCUUCUAAGUGUUAAAAAUAAUUUAAAAAUAAUUAUAUUCUACAUUUUUAUGAGUUGUCAACACAUUUACCUACAUGAUAAAAAGACACAGCGCGAGUCAGUGAGCCUGAUAAAAGUUCAUGUUAAUGUGAAAGGGAAGGGUUUGUUAGGAUUGAUUCUGGAAUCUUCAAUUGGAGCUCGUCACCCCUCCCCCAUUGCAAAGCGCCAUCUACAGGUGUGGUGGUGAACAGCAGAGAAAGCAUUGGUCAAUGUGAAAAGGAAUAAUUUCAGGGAAUAAUAAAAAUAAAUAAAUAUUAUUCAUUUCAAAUUUGGAGGGAUGCCUGUUAUUGUUAUUCAGACAAGAAAUGUCAAGGUAUUUUCACUGUGAAAAAUUAGGCCUACUGUAAAUUCAUUAACUGGCAAUACAUUAUUACAAAAAUAUAUUAAUUUCAGUAUUGUAAUUACACAGCAUUAUGGUAUCAUUAAAAAUAAAAAAAUAAUAACCAGUGCGAAAUAUUUUUAAUCAUCAUUUUGCCAAAUGAUGAGGCCUUAUAAGAAAAAGUGCUAAACAGCUGAAUUAUUGAUGUCACUGUGAUGUCAAUAUGACAUCAAUUUCACGUCUAAAACAUGACACUGAUUUGAUGUCAAUUGAACGUCAAACAUUUUGGCCAAAUUUAUAAUAAACCAAUUCAGUAUAGGAUUAACUUCCUAUUUUUAACCAAUUACCACUGGAAGAAAUUGCCUUCCAAACUGAAUUUAAAAUAAUGUUAUAGCAUCUUGAUCAAGUCUUGACUAAUAUUUGACAUCAAAUUGAUAUCAACGUGCCCGCUGGGUAUGCAGGACCACACACAGGUUCCCAUGAUUUACCUUGUUUAAUUACCUGGUUUAGUUUGAACAAAUCAACCUUUUUCUUUAGUUUGGAUCUGUUUGGACGUAUGUGAAGACUCCACCUGUACUCGGGUCCACACCAAACACCUGAACCAGUGUGUGUGUAAAAUCAGAGGUCUCCAGGUGACAGAUUUGUACCUGUACGAGCACAGAGAACAACACACACCAACUGUUUUACCGUCUCUGUGAAAUUCAGCAUAUAACUCAGUGUAAAGUACGACUAGUAUUGGCAUGUUAUUAACUGCUAGUGUACAGCUCUAUAAUUCUUUAUUUUCUGUAAUAAAAUGCACUGGAUCUGCAGUGUUGGGUGUAGAAACUUGAACACAGAUCAGAGUGUAGUGUUUGUAGGCUGCUCGCUCUCACCUGUGUGUGUUAUGUACAUGACCUAAUGGUCUUCUAAUAAAUUGUAGCUGAGAGAUUGUGGAGUUCAGAAAGACGUCCCUGCUCCUGUAAAUGUCCUGAUGUGGUGUCCUGUCCUCUGAUUUCUGUGUGUGAGAGAAACACACUCACAUUUCUGUUACAGCUUCAACUUUAGCUGGAUUAUGGCUGUGUGUGUGUUUGAGAUCAGUGUUCU